AUGAAUAAUAGCGAUUACUCUGGAGUUCUCCCGCUGAAUCUCCUGCCAGACGAAGCAUCACCACGAUGGAACAACAAAGGAGACAAUGGAUGGCAGCUAAUAGCAACCACCAUGGUAGGCAUGCAGAGUGUUCCUGGCCUUGUCAUACUCUAUGGAAGCAUGGUGAAGAAGAAAUGGGCUGUAAACUCAGCUUUCAUGGCCCUAUAUGCCUUUGCUGCAGUCCUCAUCUGUUGGGUUCUUUGGGCUCACAACAUGUCAUUUGGUACCAGAUUUUGCCCAAUAUUGGGCAAGCCUGCUUUUGCUCUGACCCAAAGGUUUCUCCUCCGUGAGUAUGGAGGUUUUCAUGUUCCAAUGGCUGAUUAUGUCUACUAUGAAUUUGUCUUUGCUGCCAUUACUGUGAUAUUGCUUGGGGGCUCCUUGCUUGGGAGGAUGAACUUCUAUGCUUGGAUGUUGUUUGUGCCAAUGUGGCUCACCUUGUCUUACACAGUUGGUGCUUUCAGUAUUUGGGGAAAAGGGUUUCUUGAGAAGUACAUCAUUGAUUAUGCUGGUGGAUAUGUGAUUCAUCUGUCAUCUGGUGUGGCUGGUUUUACUGCUGCUUAUUGGGUAGGACCAAGGCAAUCACAUGACAGGCAACAUUUCCCUCCAAACAACAUAAUUCACAUGUUGGGAGGUGCAGGGUUUUUGUGGCUUGGAUGGACAGGGUUCAAUGGUGGCUCUCCAUUUGCAGCAAACUUGAUUGCAUCUUUGGCCAUUAUCAACACCCAUAUAUGCACUGCCACUAGCCUCUUGGUAUGGGUUUCCCUUGAUAUGGUAGUGUACAAGAAAAGCUCCGUGAUCGGCGCGGUCCAGGGAAUGAUCACUGGCCUCGUCUGCAUCACACCUGGUGCAGGGAUUGUGGAGCCAUGGGCAGCAAUAAUAAUGGGAGCAAUGUCUGGUUCCAUACCUUGGUACACCAUGAUGGUAUUGCACAGAAGAUCAGCCCUCUUCCAAAGUGUUGAUGACACAUUGGGGGCCUUUCACACCCAUGCCGUCGCCGGCCUGUUGGGGGGUCUCCUCUCAGGCUUCUUUGCUCGAGCCAACCUUCUGAGAAUGAUGUACCCGACUAACCAUUACGGUCCAGGCUUAAUGUACAGCAUCCUUGAUAGGAAACCAAAAGAUGGCCUCAUACAAAUGGGGCACCAGAUCAUUGGAGCAGUUUUCAUUAUCGUAUGGAACGUCGUUGUCACAAGCUUGAUUUGCAUUUUGAUCAGCCGUAUCGUUGAUCUUAGGAUGAAGGAAGAGGACCUUGACAUUGGUGAUGAUGCCGCGCAUGGAGAAGAAGCCUAUGCUCUGUGGGGAGACGGUGAGAAGAUGCCGAUCAGAUGGCAGAUGCCUCCAACGAUUCCUUCCAUGUGCAGACGGCUGAAUUGA